GGUAAAUAUAAGUCUGAGAUAUGGUUAUCAUCAUUCACUUAGUAGACUUUAUUUGAGGUUUAUUCUUUUUCUAUGCAUAUGAGGUAAAGUUCAACUCUUCAACGCAUAUAUUCGUACCUAUAUACCUACAGGUAUAUCGUCUCCAAGUGCAAUUUUAUUUUAUUCUGGUUGUGGAGGCAUUAUUUUUUGGGAAAUUGGCCCACAGUGAGUUUGUCAAACUUUGAAUAGAAUCUUCGUACGAAAAUGUUUUAUCAUCCAAAUUUGAUUUCAAAUCAAGUUUCCUACACUUUUGGCCUAAAAAUUGAAAUUGUUCAAUUGCCACAGCAACAAUCCAUUCCUAUAGCGAAAGGAUCAACGAUUGACAAGUUUAUUGGGUUUUUCCCCACUGCAGACACGGACUUCGGUAUCCAGAUUGACAACACCGGCAACGACAGACGCAUAUCAUUUAAUCUGAAAGGCACCAAGGAUUUCGGGUCUUUCGUUGUAGGGGCUGGAAGGAAAGCCCUACUGAAAACUGUCACCGACAACGGCCGACAUUUUCAUUUUACCAGUCAAUCAGGCGAGAAAGGUAAAGAGGUGGUGGCGGCCAAUGCCGCGCGUAGCAACAUAACCUACGAAGAGUCUUCCGAAAUUUGCUCAAGGCUGGUGUUCGAUGUCGCCAUUGAGGAAAGUAAAUUCACCGUUACUGUAAUAACUACGACAAGUAAAGAAAUUGAAUUUAAAGUAUCGUCCAAUGAUACUUUUGAAACAUUAAUGCUCUUGAUUGAAGCCAAAGAAGGAAUUCCGCAGGAUCAACAGAGAUUCAUCUUUAAAGGCAAACAUUGUGAAGGCGGUCGCACGAUGAAAGAUUAUAAUAUACAAGCUGGUAGUACUAUCCAUAUGGUGCUUAGAUUGCGCGGUGGUGCCGUGUGCUUCAACUCGGUUAGAGGUGCUAAUGACGGCACGCAAAGUGUCAUGGCUGACGCUUCUUCGGCCAUUGAGGUUUCUGUAAACCAGAUUUCUGCUUCUACGUCUCAUGAAGAUGGUGAUAUUGAACGUGGGGCAAUUUGCUUUGGACAAAAAACCACUCAAACUUUUACAAAAUGUCGCAAUUUCAACAAAUCCGACGUUGAUAAUGUGAAACCAUUCACAUUGGAACUUUUUUUCAAUCCAAACAUGUAUUCUUUAGAUCCAUAAGUUGUGUGGUAUUUUUGUAAAAAAAUAAACAAUAAACUAUAUAUUUUAUAAUA